AUGGCAGAUAUUGUUGCUUUAUUAUCCAAUGCUUAUUUAAGAGAGUUGAUAAUAGACUCUGGAGCAACACACCACAUUACUUGCAAUAAGGAGGUUUUGAACAAUACAAAAGGAUUAGAGACAAAGGAAGGAAAUUAUGUGCAAUUACCAACAAGAAGUAGAGCUGAGAUAACACACAAAAGGGAUGCAAUGAUUUUAGGAGAUCAGUACAUUAACAAUGUCUUAUAUGUGCCAGAUUUUAAGUUUAAUCUAUUAUCUGUAGCAAAGUUAACAAAGGACCUUAGAUGUUUUGUUGGAUUUUAUCAUGACUUCUGUUUAUUACAGGAGCUUUACAAUGGAAAGGUAUUGGGGAUUGGUAAGGAGUCUGGAAGUUUAUAUGUGCUGAAGGAAAGGGGUGCAGUAGUAGCAGCUGGAUCAGUAUCAAAAGAACACACAGAGAAGGCACUUUGUCACUUCAGGCUAGGUCAUGCUUCAUUGAAAGCUAUGCAAUACAUCUCAUCUCUACAAGACAGAAUAAACACUAUACAAUUAGAAUCUUGCAGUAUAUGUCCUUUAGCUAAACAAUGUGGGUUGCAAUUUUUUCUUAGCAACUCCAAGUCCACUACUAUUUUUGAACUUGUUCAUCUAGAUGUUUGGGGACCCUAUAAGGUGCCCACUUAUGAUAGAAAAAGAAUACCUUCAUCAAUAUUGACAGGAAAAAUACCCUUUAAAUUGCUAUAUGGCAAGGAUUACGCUAAAACUCAAAAGGGAUACAUGUUAUAUGAUAUGGAGACACUGCCCUUUUUUGUCAGUAGAGAUGUUCAAUUUAGAGAAGACUGCUUCCCUUUCAAAAUGGCAACUUUUGAAGAAGGUGAUCCAUUUUUCCAGCAACCAACUCAGCUCAUAAUACCUCAAUCAGAUCAAAUCUCUACUCCAUGUGACAAUGUUGACACUUAUCAUCAUGCUCAGCCCACACCUCUAGCACCUCCUGCAGAUGACUCACUCCCUGAAGAUAAUGUUGAGAUUGAUAUUGUUGAUGCUCAAUUACAUGAUCAUCAUAUGCCAGAUGUUGCUGAGCCAGCAGUUGCUGAAACUAAUGAGCAUCAUGUACCAGCAGUUGUGCCACAAGAUAGUGCUCCAUCAUGCACUACCAAAAGGCCUCAGAGGAAGACAGGGCCUCCCAUUUGGAUGAAGCAUUAUGUGAAUCCUACAAAAGGAGCACCUGGUCACAAAUAUCCUGCAUCUAACCAUGUUGGUUAUUCACAUAUAUCUGCCCCAUAUCAAUCUUAUUUACAAGCUUUCUGA